GUGUGCGGGGGUACGCGGAGCUGACUUGUGUGAGCGCCAGAAGUCCAGUAUGGGGGGCGCUGCGCCCCUGUCCUGGGCUCUGAUCGGCCUGUCUGUGCUGGUCAUCGGUACUGGGGGGCUGCGACUGAUCAGCCAGGAGGGGGACUGCUCCCAGCCGGAUAUCCAGUGCACCAUAAAGAGCAGUUCCUGUUUUGACUUUAGCUGGCUCCAGACUUUUAAUUGGACUCCGAACGCCCCAUCGCACAUGGAGGUCACAGUGGGGAUUGGGCAGAAUGAACUGGGUCGGAGAGUGCCACUUCUCCAAAUAAACUGGACCAUCAGCAUUGACUCCAGCAUCAAGGAGCUGCAAGGGGUCGAGAUCUCCGUCCUAGAAGUCUCCACCAACGUGGAGCGCUGCAUCCAGUUCCAGUUCAAUAGCCACUUCACCAAACAGGCCCAUUUAAAUGGGCAGCCGUGGCAAUUUUACUCCAACAACUUUGAAGUGAAUCCGGGCCAGGAGUACCAUGUGACCGUGCAGCACCUGCCCAAGCAGGAAGGAGUUAAUUACAAAAGGAAGCAGAUAAUUGCGCCAAGGUGCAAUGAUGGUGACAUGAUGCGGACAGACACCUGCUGUAAUCUAGGUAUGGAGCUAUGGACAGCAGACUGA